UUUUUUUCGGGCUCGAUGAAAACACCCCAAAACACCUCAAAACGCGUCUGGUCUGUUCGGGAGGCCGGUUUCGGCCCGUUUAGGCCCGACGAAACCGGCCGAAACCCGUCGGGCUGGGGUGGAACGAAAACGCGAGCCACCCCUCGCGUUUCUGCGUGGCGGCGAGAGGGCGACGUGGGCGAGCGGGAGGAAGACGACGCCGGUCGCCGCUCCAAGACCACGCCGCCGCCGAAGCUCCCUCCACGCUCCAAGACCACGCCGCCGACGCUUCCCCCUCUCAGGAAACAAGUUGCUUGGACUGAUUUUCUUGUAAUAUUGAAGGGAACAAGCAUGUUUUUAAGAGGACUCUCCCGGGCUGAGUUGGUGCCUUAUUCAACAUCUUGUAGUUUCAGUACUUCGCUCAGAACCAUGUGCCUAUCCACUUCGAAUUUCUCUAUUUGUUUCAUGUCUCCCAAAAAUGGACUAUGAAAUCUGAGGCUAUGAGCUAACUGUACCAUGGUUGUAGCUGUGAUGAACAGAUGCUAUUGUUGCUGUAAUGCAUAUUUAUGUAUUGAUUGCGAGAUAUGAUCUUGUAGUGUGCUAAAGAUCAUAUUUUUAUUUGCGAUACAAAUA